AUGGAAUGCAUUAGCACAUCAUUAGCUUGUGCUCAUUCUCUUUACAUCCGUGAACUUGUCAAUAAAACCGGUGUACAAUCACCUAUUCUAAAUUGUACCGCCUUACCAUUUCAUUGGCAUACAAUUAAAGCAACAAUUCAAUUUAUGCGUACCGGAUCACUUCAGCUUGAUUCUGCAGCAAUGCAAGAUAUGAUUCAGUGUGCAAUGUUCUUUCGUAUUGCACAACUAAGUCGUUUGGUGGAAUCAUUUUUGCGCCAACGAUCAAAGCAAGCGGAAACUGUAUUAGAUGCAUACAAAGCUAUCUUCCAUGUAAUGGAUGAACAAAUGAUGCGUUGUGUAACUUACGAUACUCAACAAAUUGUUUGUGAAAAUAUGGCAAAUCAUAUCUUGCCAUACAUUGAAGAGGCGAUUAAGAAUGAACGGAGCACAUUGGCACUAAUGACAAGUAAUGAAUUGUACUGUUUGCUUACACGUGAUGCUCAACGUAUACGUCAUAAUCAACGAGAAUAUGAAGAUGCUGCUUGUCAACGUUUUCAAGUGGUAAUGCGUUGGAUACAAUUUCACGAGCAAACUUAUCAAUUUUAUGAUAGCUAUACGCGUGAUGUUCAUUCCACUACUUUCGCCAAAGCUAUCCGACUCUUUAGUUGUGUCCAUUUCGAGCAUAUGCAACCUGAAACUCGUCAACAUUUUAUCAAUUAUUUACGUGGUUUACCGAAUGAAAUGUUCAUGCUUGCUGCUCGACCUUAUCUUCCUGAAGCCCAGUGA